AUGGCCUGCUGCUUCGUCCGCGUCGCUGCGGCGCCCCGCCUCCUCCUCUGCCGUGCCGCCGCUUCGCGGCAGCUCCCGUCGCCACUCACCGUAUUCAGGAAGGGUUUUUCGGAGCAGUCAGUUCUGCCAGUCACAGACUCGACUGAGUGUUUUCAAGGACCAUCAGUGCAGAAUACUCCACGCAUUCCACUGUAUGAUGACAGCAUAUCCUCAAGCAUAUUGGACACAUUGUCAAAUCCGACUGAGGGUGUCCCUCAUGCUGAUCCUUCAAAGAGCAGAAUAAUGCUAGUUGAUGGAACGUCGGUGAUGUACAGAUCCUACUACAAGAUAUUAGCACAGCUGCAGCACGGCCAGUUGGAGCAUGCUGAUGGAAAUGGGGAUUGGGUUUUAACUAUAUUCAAAGCUCUAUCCCUGCUUCUUGACAUGCUGGAGUUCAUUCCAUCUCAUGCUGCGGUUGUGUUUGACCACGAUGGAGUUCCAUAUGGUCAUUAUACUGCCAUGCCAUCCAAAGAAUGUCACAUGGCAAAAGGAAUGACCUUUCGUCAUAUGUUGUACCCUGCUUACAAGAGCAACCGCACUCCAACACCUGACACCGUUGUCCAGGGCAUGCAAUACUUGAAGGCAUCCAUUAAGGCGAUGUCAAUAAAAGUAAUUGAGGUUCCAGGCGUUGAAGCUGAUGAUGUUAUUGGCACCCUGGCUGUAAACAGUGUUUCGGCUGGUUACAAGGUACGGAUUGUCUCUCCUGAUAAAGACUUCUUCCAAAUUUUGUCACCUUCUUUGCGUCUGCUCAGGAUUGCUCCACGCGGAUCAGGGAUGGUUUCAUUUGGAGUUGAAGACUUCGUCAAGCGAUAUGGAGCACUGAAACCCUCGCAGUUUGUUGAUGUUGUUGCACUUUCAGGAGACAAAGCUGAUAAUAUACCUGGAGUUGAGGGGAUUGGAGAUAUUAAUGCAGUAAAGCUGAUAACUAAGUUCGGCUUUGAUUUCUCACUCGGAACAGGCAAUCCUUUGCAAAAGCCUGGUAUUCUUUAUUGA